AUGGCCACUAUGAAAGCCCAGGUGGGUCAACUUGUUGAAGCCAUACAAGCUUUGGCUAGAGGACAAGAGGAAAUGCGUCAGGCUAAUUUUAGAGCUUUCGUUGCCAACCCUCUUGUUAUGACAAUACCAGUGAAUCCACCAGAAGGAGUUGGUACACCGAUCAUAACUCAACCACCUCCUGAGAGAGGCCUAGUGUAUCAAAAUUUUGCUCAGACAUUCAACAUCCCUUUCCAUGGGAGAAUUCAACCUUAUAUUGACGACCAUAAGGAUGCUUUCUUCACUACAAGGGUUGAUUCUGUAUAUGAUGCUUUUGGUUCUUCUUCAGCUGACCUCGAAAGAAGAUUUCAUAUGAUGGAGGAUAAAUUAAAGGCGAUAGAAGGUCCCAAUACCUUUGGGUUACAUGUUGCCGAUAUGUGCCUAGUGCCAAGCGUGAAAAUUCCUCCUAAGUUCAAGGUUCCAAACUUUGAAAAGUAUCAAGGGAUCACCUGUCCUAAGACUCAUGUCCGAGCUUUUUGCAGAAAGAUGGUUGCUUAUUCUGAUGAUGAAAAACUCUUAAUGCACUUUUUUCCAGGACAUCCUUAG